CUGGUAGGAUUUAAUUGACUUGGAGGAUGAAUGCCAACCUAAUGCAUGUGGUUCCCCCAGUAAGCAGGAACAGAAUAAUCUCCCAGUUUCCCAAGUGGUACACGCCUGAGGCCUGUCUGCAGUUCAAAGAGCACUUCCACGCACGGGUCAGGACUGCUUGUCAGCAGAGCACUGGAACAGUUGGGCUGAGAAUAUCCAAAGUGAUUGUGGUAGGAGACCUGUGUGUUGGGAAAACCAGCCUUAUCAACAGGUUUUGUAAAGAUCAUUUUGACCGAGACUACAAGGCAACCAUUGGAGUGGACUUUGAAAUUGAACGCUUUGAAAUAAUUGGGAUACCAUACAAUCUCCAGAUAUGGGACACAGCAGGUCAGGAAAAGUUCAAGUGCAUUGCAUCUGCUUACUACCGAGGAGCAGAGGUUAUAAUAACAGUGUUUGAUCUGGCUGAUAUCCAGACUUUGGAUCACACCAAACAGUGGUUAGAAGAUGCACUGAGGGAGAAUGAGCCAGGUUCCAGCUUCAUCUUUCUGGUUGGAACAAAAAAAGAUUUAGUGUCAGAUGCUGUGUGUGAAAGGACAGAGCUAGAGGCCAUCCACUUUGCCAAUGAGAUGCAGGCAGAAUACUGGUCAGUUUCAGCCAAAACAGGGGAAAAUGUCAAGGAGUUCUUUUCCCGAGUUGCUGCCUUGGCUUUUGAACAGUCCAUGAUAAAGGAAUUGGAGAAAACUGCUGAGCACAUGGUUCAAAUUGGGGCAGGAAACCUCAUCACACUGGAAAAGAACAUGCCAGAAGGCAACACUCAUGAUAGCCUGAAUUGCUGCUAA